CGGCCGGGGCGUCUCGCGCUGGGUGACAGCUCGCGCGUGCUGGUGAUGGCGGGCUCUGAGGCUGCCUGGCAGUGAGGAGUUCCCAGGAGUUCAGUUCUGCAGGAUUUGUGGGAGAUGGGGCUGCUGGGGGCCCGGGACGUGGCCUGGAGGAGGAAGGGAUGUGUGUGGGAGCAGUGCUGCCUCCUGUGAGCCAUGGAUCGAUGCAAACAUGUGGGGCGGCUCCGACUGGCGCAGGACCACUCGAUCCUGAACCCGCAGAAGUGGCACUGCGUGGAUUGCCACACCACGGAGUCGCUCUGGGCCUGCCUCAAGUGCUCGCACGUGGCCUGCGGCCGCUACAUCGAGGAGCACGCGCUGAGGCACUUCCAGGAGAGCCGCCACCCCCUGGCCAUGGAGGUGCACGAGCUCUACGUCUUCUGCUACCUGUGCCAGGAUUAUGUGCUGAAUGACAACCCCGAGGGGGACCUGAAGCUGCUCAGGAGCUCGCUGUCGGCCAUCAAGGGGCAGCGCGGCGGGAGGACGCUGCGCUCCACGGCGCUGGGCGAGGACGGCUGCAGGAGGAGGAGCCCCCAGGGCCAGUCCCAGAUGCUGACAGCGCUGUGGCACCGGCGCCAGGCCCUGCUGGCGAGGGCUCUGCGCACCUGGUUCCACAGGAGCUCCCGGGGACAGCUGAAAUUGAGGGAGAAACAGCAGCUGGAGGAGCUGGAGAAGAAGAAGGAGGCGGCUCGGCAGCGGCGGCGGGAGAUGAAGAGGCAGCUCCUGGAGGAGUUGGCCAACACUCCCCCGAGGAAAAGCGCCAGGCUGCUGUCCCACGUGCACAGGGAGAGCUUGAUCCCAAGGAAAUUCAGGGAGGUGGCCACAGCUUCCCCUACCUCAAGGCAGGUGCAGAGCAGCAGGUUGAAGCAGUUCUACUCCAUCCGGCGCCAGCCGCUGAUGACGCCCGGGGUGACGGGGCUGAGGAACCUGGGCAACACCUGCUACAUGAACUCCAUCCUGCAGGUGCUCAGCCACCUCCAGAAGUUCAGAGAAUGUUUCUUGACUCUUGAUCUCUGUGAAACAGAAGAACUUUUAGCUAAAACUGUGAAUGGCAGGGCGAGGAUGCCUGGCAAACCGGCAAACGGGGCUGCUGCUAACGAGCCAGGGAAGCCCGACAGGGUGGGAUCGUCUCCAGCCGGCUUGAACGGGGGGGGCUCCUCCAUCAGCCGCAGCCUGGAGCUGAUCCAGCCCAAGGAGCCCAGCUCCAAGCACAUCUCCCUGUGCCACGAGCUGCACACCCUGUUCAGGGUGAUGUGGUCAGGCAGGUGGGCCCUGGUGUCCCCCUUCGCCAUGCUGCACUCGGUGUGGAGCCUGAUCCCCGCCUUCCGCGGCUACGACCAGCAGGACGCGCAGGAGUUCCUGUGCGAGCUGCUGGACAAGGUGCAGCAGGAGCUCGAGUCCGAGGGCACCCGGCGCAGGAUCCUCAUCCCCUUCUCGCAGAGGAAACUCACCAAGCAGGUCCUCAAGGUGGUCAACACCAUUUUCCACGGGCAGCUGCUCAGUCAGGUCACCUGCAGGACGUGCAACUACAAAUCCAACACGGUGGAGCCUUUCUGGGACCUGUCCCUGGAGUUCCCCGAGCGUUACCACUCCCUGGAGAGGGGCCUGCUGCCCCUGGGCCAGGCUGAGUGCCUGCUCACCGAGAUGCUGGCCAAGUUCACCGAGACAGAGGCCCUGGAGGGCAGGAUCUACGCCUGUGACCAGUGCAACAGUAAAAGGCGAAAAUCUUCUCCCAAACCUCUUGUUCUGAGUGAAGCUAAAAAGCAGUUGCUGAUCUACAGACUACCUCAGGUCCUCCGGCUGCACCUUAAACGCUUCAGGUGGUCUGAGCGCAACCACCGCGAGAAGAUCGGGGUGCACGUGCUGUUCGAGCAGGUGCUGGACAUGGAGCCCUACUGCUGCCGGGACCGCCUGCCCUCGCUGGGCGCCGCCGGGAGCUGCGUCUACGACCUGUCGGCCGUGGUGAUGCACCAUGGCAAGGGCUUCGGCUCGGGCCACUACACCGCCUACUGCUACAACACCGAGGGAGGUUUUUGGGUGCACUGCAAUGACUCCAAGCUGAAUGUAUGUAGUGUGGAGGAGGUGUGCAAGACCCAGGCCUACAUCCUCUUCUACACUCAGAGAACGCUGCAGGACAAAGCAGGAAUGCCAGAAAAACAACUCCAAGCUCAGGUUUUUGCCACCCAAAACCAGUGACAAGGACACAAGACUGACAUUCCCAUCAGGGGAAAACACUCCCAGCUGCUUCUGGGAACUUUUGGUGUUAAUCUUCCCCUUCUUUGUGGGGAAAACUGCAGGAAUGGGAUUGGAGCAGGAAUGGGAUCAGAGCAGGAGUGGGAUGGGAGCAGGAGUGGGGUUGGAGCAGGAAUGGGAUCAGAGCUGGGAUGGGAUCAGAGCUGGGAUGGGAUCAGGGCAGGGAUGGGAUCAGGGCAGGAAUGGGAUCAGCUGGGAUGGGAUCAGGGCAGGAAUGGGAUCAGAGCUGGGAUGGGAUCAGGGCAGGGAUGGGAUCAGGGCAGGGAUGGGAUCAGAGCUGGGAUGGGAUCAGAGCUGGGAUGGGAUCAGGGCAGGGAUGGGAUCAGAGCAGGAAUGGGAUCAGGGCAGGGAUGGGAUCAGGGCAGGGAUGGGAUCAGCUGGGAUGGGAGCAGGGCAGGGAUGGGAUCAGGGCAGGAAUGGGAUCAGCUGGGAUGGGAUCAGAGCUGGGAUGGGAUCAGAGCUGGGAUGGGAUCAGAGCUGGGAUGGGAUCAGGGCAGGGAUGGGAUCAGGGCAGGGAUGGGAUCAGGGCAGGAAUGGGAUCAGAGCUGGGAUGGGAUCAGAGCUGGGAUGGGAUCAGAGCUGGGAUGGGAUCAGGGCAGGGAUGGGAUCAGAGCUGGGAUGGGAUCAGAGCUGGGAUGGGAUCAGAGCAGGGAUGGGAUCAGAGCAGGAAUGGGAUCAGAGCAGGAAUGGGAUCAGAGCUGGGAUGGGAUCAGAGCUGGGAUGGGAUCAGAGCAGGGAUGGGAGCAGAGCUGGGAUGGGAGCAGGACAAGGUAUUUGAAAAACCUCCUGGAGCUCAGAUUUUCCUCGUGGUUCUAAAUCAGAUUUUUCAGGAUUUUUCCAGUGGUUUAAAAUCAGAUUUUUUUCUGGAUUUUUCAGCAGUUUUAAAUCAGAUUUUUCCCAUGGUUUUAUUUUGGGGUUUUUAUGGGAAUAGGGUGAGGAUUUUUGGGGGAGGGGGGCACAGAGCACUGCUGUCCCCACACCUGGGGACAAACUCCAGACUGGGAAAACAUCCACAGAACGAGAAGCCAUUGGGACAGCUGGGAGUGACUCAGAGCCACUGAGGAACCUGGGAGGAAACAAAUCACAGAACCCCUGUGGAAUGUGUGAGUAAAUCACAACCUGGGAGUAAAUCACAGAGCCACUGUGAAAUGUGAGUGACUCUAAACUCACACAGCACUGUGCACAGUGAGCAGGUCACACCUGUGAGCAGCUCCCUGUGCCAGCCCAGCCCCACACUCAGUGCUCUGCAGCACCCAGAGCUUUCCCCUCCCCACAGCCCCAUUCCUGCUCCUCUCCCAGUUUCCCCCAGUCAAUCCCAGUUUGGAUCCCAGUUCCAUCCCAGCUGGAUUCCCCUGGCAGAAGCAGCUGAUGGCUCCCAGGGCUGGGCUCAUCCCUUGGGUGUGAAAUGGAAAUCAUCUUUUUAUGAUUUUUUUUUGUAAAUCUUUACUCUUUUUACA